AUGUCAGUGUCAGAGGUCGUUGCCAGCGAAGACGUGGAAAUGCUCUCCGAUGAGCAUGCGGUGCAGGAGGAGGAGGAACUUGAUAGGGACAAGAUUCGGCUGUUGCCGGAGGCAGCUUCUGAGGAUGGGACUUGUGCGUCCUUCCAGAUUAGCGACGAGGACCAUACGCUGGGAAAUGCGUUGCGGUACAUUAUCAUGAAGAACCCGGAGGUGGAGUUUUGUGGGUAUUCGAUUCCGCAUCCUUCGGAGACGGUUCUGAAUCUUCGUAUCCAGACGUAUGGGAAGAUGACGGCUGUGGAGGCUCUACAUAAGGGACUGAAGGACUUGAUGGAUCUGUGCGAUGUGGUGGAGGACAAGUUCACGCAGCGGAUCAGAGAGUUAUGA